GUUUAAUUUUCCUUCCCCAACUCAAAAACCAAUAUGACAACUCCUUUUAAGCUAGGAAAUAGUGUACUAAGAAGACUACAAAAACCAUUUUUGCUAAAACCUCAAACGAACGUUUUGACGACAUUUCAACCAUUGGCUCGAAACUACGCAACACCGAUUAUAAAGUACCGACCACCCAUCGAAGAAGUGAAUGUAUACAGACGCUUUCAAAACAAUCAAAAAAUACCCUUCUACAAAUCAAAAAGGGUUUGGGUUUUUGUUGGUACAGGAACUGUUAUAUUUGGUGGUUACUAUGUGACCCAUUUAGAAAGAGUCCCUAUAAGUGGAAGAGCGCGGUUUAUGGAUAUCACCCCACGCCAAGAAGAAGCCAUGGCCAUUCAGGCCUACAAUGAAGUAAUGAGUCAAUAUGGUGCUCGUAUAUUACCAAAAAGUCACCCUUACAGCAAAUUUGUCAGAAGAGUUGCACAAAGAUUAGUAAAUGUUUCUGGAAUGGAAGAUAUGAAAUGGGAAUUUUAUGUUGUGGAUUCUCCUGAAAAGAAUGCAUUUGUUUUACCAGGUGGUAAAGUUUUUGUAUUUACGGGUAUUUUACCAAUCGUACAAAACGAAGAUGGAAUGGCUGCGGUUCUUGGACACGAGAUUUCUCAUCAACUUGCUCGACAUAGUGCUGAAAAACUCAGUUUUGCAAAAAUCCUGCUAGUGUUACAAAUCACCCUAUCGCUAUUUGGAAUCGACCCUUCUUUUAUAUUUAAUACGUUUACUACAAAUUUUCUGAUGCUGAUGCCCUUUUCAAGAAAGUGUGAGACUGAAGCGGAUGAUAUUGGGUUGCAGCUGAUGGCACAAGCAUGCUUUGAUCCCAGAGAGGCAAUUCAAGUUUGGAGGCGUAUGGAAAAGGCUGCUGAAUCAGGCAUCCCACAAUUCGCUAGUACUCAUCCCAGUCAUAAAAACCGUAUAGAGUUUCUUACUAAAGAGUUACCAUCAGCUUUAGAAAAACGAUCUCAAAGUGAUUGCUCAAGUGACAUGCACAGAUUUAGUGAACAAUUCAGAGCUACCAACUGGGCUCGUUGGUAGUAAAAAUUGACC